UGUUCCACUUCAACUUACUUCUGGCAGGGUCAGAAAGGUUUUGACCAGAAAGAAGCUUACAGCAAACUGGUUUCUACUUCCAGUACCUCAUCACCUAGAUCAAAGUGACAACUAUUGUUAUCAAGGUAGACUUAAUAAUGAUAUUUACAGGAGGCCAUGGACUCGAGGGACAAUGCUUUCUACAUCCAAACUGAUGAGUUGUGACUCUGUAUUGACUGAAUGGAAGAAACACAUCUGUACAGAAAAUUUUCUUGAGCGAGUAUGUAUUCAUUCUAUAGCUUGCCAAAUUGGCAAUGAUGGUUUAGAGAUCGUACCAAGUUCAAACCCGAGCUCUCAAAUUGAUAUGGAAGAUAUGAGCACACUUUUAAGAAGAGAUAUUCAAAACCAUGCAAAGGAUGAACAAGAAAUAUUUGAGGUUAUUAAUCCUACAGAUAUGAAAUCACAAACAGAACCAGAUCUUUCUCUGCAUGAUGAAAUGGUAUUUGGAGAUUACCUUUCUGAAUUUCAAAAACAGUUACCGAGAUUGCAUAACCUCAGUAGCAGAUUGAAAAUGUAUUCCUUAAAGGAUCCAUUUGUAAAUUCAAAAGGAGAGUCUUUGACUGAAGAAAUGUUUUUCAGAUCCUACAUGCUCUAUCCCUCAGAGAAGGAUUUUAAUGAAAAUACAAAUGAAAUGUUCUUGAUUGAAGAAGAUUACAAACAAUUUUCACAGCUGGAUGAUGAGUCUUUAAUGCUGCCUGUUGAACUGAAUAUGAGCAGUACGAUAGAUUUAAAUUGGAUUAAACGCACAUUGCCACUUUCAGAAAUCAAAGAUCUUUUGCCACUGACAACAGAAGAUGUAAUGAGUAUUGAUUCACAUAAAAUAGUUAUAAAUGAUGGUAAGUUAUUUUGGCAUUCAAUUUGAGUCUUGUUAAUGGCCAGAUUUGCAAUGACUACUGGCCAUAGUGUUUACUGCCCCAAUCCCACCAUUGAGGCUCUCUCAAUUUUGACGCACUCCAUCAGUACUUCAGCCCAUGUCAAAUGGGAGCCUGAUUGAUCUAUAUUAAGCAACA